AAGAGUUGAAGAAGAUGAAGAUCUGUCUAACACUCAUUCUUCUGUCCUCUAUAGCCAGAUUAUCCACAGCUGGUAGAGUGAAACUGGUUGGUGGCAGUAAUUCUUGUGCUGGUAGGGUGGAGGUUUAUUAUAAAGGAGAAUGGGGAACAGUGUGUGAUGAUUAUUGGGACUUAACCGCAGCAUCAGUGUUGUGCAGAGAGCUGGGCUGUGACAGUAAUUUAGAUACAGUACAUCUUGCGUAUUUUGGACCGGGAUCAGGAAAAAUCUGGAAGGAUAAUGUAGAAUGUAGUGGAUCAGAGACCACAAUACUGAGCUGCAGUUCAAAAAAACUGGGUGAUCAUAAUUGUAAACACAAUGAAGAUGCCGGAGUUAUCUGUUCAGGAGUCAGGCUGGUUGGAGGUUCUCGCUGUUCUGGGAGAGUAGAGAUGCCUCAUGGAAACACCUGGAUGUCAGUGUGUGAUGCUGCGUUUGAUGAUCAGGAUGCAGAGGUUGUGUGUAGAGAGAUGGGCUGUGGACCUCCUGUACAGCGGCUGGGAGCAGAUGCUUUUGGUAAAGGAGAGGGACCCGUGUGGACACAAAAGAUUUCAUGUAAAGGAAAUGAAUAUCAAUUUGCUCUUUGUCCAGCAUCACCUUCACGCAUCAAUUGUUCCCAUGAAAAUGAUGUUGGCAUUGUAUGUGCCGAAACACUGAGAUUAGGUGGUACCAGUCGUUGUGCUGGUCGAGUGGAGGUUCUUCAUGAUGGUCAGUGGGGAACAGUGAGUCAUGAUGGUUGGGAUCUGGAAGAUGCUGCAGUGGUGUGUAGAGAGCUAAAUUGUGGAGAUGCUUUAGAAGCACCAACACAUGCCCGUUUUGGACAAGGGAAAGGGCCAAUCUGGAUUAAUAAUGUACUGUGCUCUGGAUCAGAAUCUGCACUGACAAACUGCCAAUCAAAUAAAUGGCUUAAAAAUGGUAGAAAACAUGCUAAUGAUGCUGGAGUCAUCUGCUCUGCUGUCAAACUGGUUGGAGGUUCUCGCUGUACUGGGAGAGUAGAGAUGCCUCAUGGAGACACCUGGAUGUCAGUGUGUGAUGCUGCGUUUGAUGAUCAGGAUGCAGAGGUUGUGUGUAGAGAGCUGAACUGUGGGGUUCCUGUACAGCGGCUGAGAGCAGAUGCUUUUGGUGAAGGAGAGGGACCCGUGUGGACACAAGACAUUCAAUGCACUCAUGAAGAGUCUUAUAUUUCACUGUGUCCAUUAUCACCUUCUCCUAAAGACAACUGCACCCAUGAGAAUGAUGUGGGACUGAAAUGUUCUGGCUACACUGACCUCAGACUGGUGAACGGCUCUGAUAUCUGUUCUGGUCGAGUUGAGCGUCAGUAUUUCACCGAGUGGGGCACAGUGUGUGAUGGGUGCAUGAAUAUGAGAGCUGCCAGUGUUGUCUGCAGACAGAUGAAUUGUGGGAUUGCUGUGUCUGUUGUGGGAGUGGACUGGUUUGGAGAGGGAUCUGGUGAAAUCUGGGCUGAUGUGUUUGAUUGUCAGGGGAAUGAAACACAACUCUCACAAUGUUCAAUCUCUUCAUGGAGUCGAGCUGAAUACUCUCAUGAACAAGAUGUUGGAGUCAUUUGUUCUAAUUCCUCUCUGGCUCUUCAUGAUGGUGGUGUGAGGUUGUCUGGAGAGAGAGACUGUGAGGGGGAGCUGGAAGUUUACAUUGAUCAGGUCUGGAGGAGAGUUCUGCUGGACUCAUGGAGUGUCACUGAAUCCUCUGUGGUCUGCAGACAGCUGGGCUGUGGCUCUGUGCUGAACUUCUCUGGCUCCUCUUCAUCCAGCGCUGAACACAGUCAUGAGUGUGUGAUGGGCUUCAAGUGCUCUGGGACUGAACAUCAUCUGAGGAACUGCAGCAGCUCUCCACAAACUCUCAACUGCAGCUCCACACAACACCUGUCAAUCACCUGCCUUGGUGAGAGGUGGAUCAGGUUGGUGGGUUCUGGUGGAGAUUGUGUAGGGAGGCUGGAGGUUUUUCACAAAGGCUCAUGGGGGACAGUGUGUGAUGACUCCUGGGAUAUUAAAGAUGCUCAUGUGGUGUGCAGACAGCUGCAGUGUGGAGUGGCUCUCAGUGAUCAGCCAGUACCAGCCUGGUUUGGUCCUGGUUCUGGACUCAUAUGGCUGGAUGAUGUGAACUGUGAGGGGAAUGAGACGUCUCUGUGGAACUGCUCUUCACGGGUCUGGGGAGAUCAUGACUGUAACCACAAGGAGGAUGUAGGAGUCGUGUGUUCAGAGUUUAAAGAGAUCAGGUUAAGUGAAGGCUGUGAAGGGAAUGUGGAGGUUUUCUACAAUGGAUCCUGGGGUAAUGUGUGCUGGAAUCAGAUGAACAGAGACACAGCGAGUCUGAUCUGUCAAGAGCUCAACUGUGGAAGAUCUGGUGUUCUGUCUGCUUCUACAUCAAGAGUGUCAUCAGCUCAUAACUGGCUGGAUAAUGUUGAAUGUCGACCACAUGACUCAAAUAUAUGGCAGUGUAUAUCUUCCCCGUGGGGAGAGAAUGACUGCAGUCAAAAUGAGGUGGCUCAUAUCACAUGCUCUGAGAAGGUGGUUCGUGAACUUCCUCGGAGUCGUCUGACAUGUUCUACCUCACCAUCUCCUCACCAGAUACAAUGUUCAAGUCAUGUUCCUCUCAGACUGAGUGGAGGUAAAGGCAGGUGUUCUGGGAGGCUGGAGGUGUAUCAUAACUCUGAGUGGGGUUCAGUCUGUGAUGAUCUGUGGGACAUCAGAGAUGCUCAGGUGGUCUGCAGGCAGCUGGGUUGUGGAGCAGCAUUGAGUGCUGAUGGGAAUGAAGCGUUUGGUGCUGGUGAAGGUGUUGUGUGGCUGAACAGAGUCGAGUGCAGAGGGACUGAGAUUCACCUGUGGGACUGUCCUCACGUCCUGAAUAAACACACUGACUGCUCACACAAAGAACGUGUUGAACUCAUCUGUGCAGAUUUGUCUGUGUCCACAACUCCUGCUACAACAACAACAACAACAACUCAAUCUCAGACUAACAAGAGCCCAGUGACUUCUCAAACUCCUCCAGCAGCGUCUCUCUUCAUUCCUCCAGUGGUUGUUCUGGGAGUUUUGCUCUUACUGCUCUUAGUGCCGCUGCUGAUACUGAUUCAACACAACAGAGUGAUGAGGAGAGCUCUCUCUAAGAGGAGACACUGGACUCAGACUGAAGCAGUUUAUGAAGAGAUUGAGCACAGACACAAACACAAACACUUUAGUCAGAGAGGGAGUCUCAUGUCUGAAGAACAGUAUUCUGGGUAUGAAGAUGUUGAAGAUGACUUUCUCUCAGAUAAAAAAUAUAAUAUUGAAUAUUAUGAUGAUGUCAUCAAUGGCAGUGACCCGAAAGAAGAGAUGGUGAAAAAAGUCCCAGCAGAAUACUAUGAUGAUGUCAUCACUGAUGGAUUAAAAGUGGACAGUGAGACAGAAAACACACUUGAGAAGUAUGAUGAUGUCAUCACGGGACAGAACUCUGAUCUUGAAAAAGAGAAUUAUGAUGACGUCAUUAACGGACAGAACUUUCAAGAUCUAGUAGGAGUUCACGAGGAGUAUGAUGAUGUGAAGAAUGACAGAGAAGAUGUGACAAACCUGUUGGACUAUGACGAUGUGGGGGAGGAGUCACUCAAUGUGGGACAGGCUGUAUUAAUGACCAUCACUGUGGAUGUGAAUGUGAGGUUGGUGAAUGGUGACAGGCGUUGUGCUGGAAGAGUGGAGGUUCUUCAUGAUGGUCAGUGGGGAACAGUGUGUGAAGAUGACUGGGACAUGGCAGAUGCUGCAGUGGUGUGUAGAGAGGUGGGCUGUGGAGAUGCUGUACAGGUGCCAUAUUGGGCUCACUUUGGAGAAGGAUCAGGACCAAUCUGGAUGGAUGAAGUAAAUUGCAGUGGAUCAGAGCCCACGCUAAAGAACUGCAGUUCAAAUGAAUGGGGUGAUAGUGACUGCGAUCAUGAUGAAGAUGCUGGAGUUAUGUGUUCAGAAAUCAUAAACUAUGGAAGGUUUUCAAGACUUGAUGAUGGACCUCAUCUGUGUUCUGGAAGAGUUGAGUUGCUUCGUGGAAAUACCUGGAUGUCAGUGUGUGAUGCUGCGUUUGAUGAUCAGGAUGCAGAGGUUGUGUGUAGAGAGCUGAACUGUGGGGUUCCUGUACAGCUGUUGGGAGCAGAUGCUUUUGGUGAAGGAGAGGGACCCGUGUGGACACAAGACAUUCAAUGUAGAGGAAACGAAUCUCACAUUCGAUCAUGUUCAUCAUCAAAUUCUAAUGCAACCUGCUCCCAUGACAAUGAUGUGGGACUGACAUGUUCUGGUUUUUCUGACCUCAGACUGGUGAACGGCUCUGAUUUCUGUUCUGGUCGAGUUGAGCUUCAGUAUUUCACGGAGUGGGGCACAGUGUGUGAUGGGUGCAUGAAUAUGAGAGCUGCCAGUGUUGUCUGCAGACAGAUGAAUUGUGGGAUUGCUGUGUCUGUUGUGGGAGUGGACUGGUUUGGAGAGGGAUCUGGUGAAAUCUGGGCUGAUGUGUUUGAUUGUCAGGGGAAUGAAACACAACUCUCACAAUGUUCAAUCUCUUCAUGGAGUCGAGCUGAAUACUCUCAUGAACAAGAUGUUGGAGUCAUUUGUUCUAAUUCCUCUCUGGCUCUUCAUGAUGGUGGUGUGAGGUUGUCUGGAGAGAGAGACUGUGAGGGGGAGCUGGAAGUUUACAUUGAUCAGGUCUGGAGGAGAGUUCUGCUGGACUCAUGGAGUGUCACUGAAUCCUCUGUGGUCUGCAGACAGCUGGGCUGUGGCUCUGUGCUGAACUUCUCUGGCUCCUCUUCAUCCAGCGCUGAACACAGUCAUGAGUGUGUGAUGGGCUUCAAGUGCUCUGGGACUGAACAUCAUCUGAGGAACUGCAGCAGCUCUCCACAAACUCUCAACUGCAGCUCCACACAACACCUGUCAAUCACCUGCCUUGGUGAGAGGUGGAUCAGGUUGGUGGGUUCUGGUGGAGAUUGUGUAGGGAGGCUGGAGGUUUUUCACAAAGGCUCAUGGGGGACAGUGUGUGAUGACUCCUGGGAUAUUAAAGAUGCUCAUGUGGUGUGCAGACAGCUGCAGUGUGGAGUGGCUCUCAGUGAUCAGCCAGUACCAGCCUGGUUUGGUCCUGGUUCUGGACUCAUAUGGCUGGAUGAUGUGAACUGUGAGGGGAAUGAGACGUCUCUGUGGAACUGCUCUUCACGGGUCUGGGGAGAUCAUGACUGUAAACACAAGGAGGAUGUAGGAGUCGUGUGCUCAGAGUUUAAAGAGCUCAGGUUAAGUGAAGGCUGUGAAGGGAAUGUGGAGGUUUUCUACAAUGGAUCCUGGGGUAAUGUUUGCUACAAUCAGAUGAACAGAAACACAGCGAGUCUGAUCUGUCAAGAGCUCAACUGUGGAAGAUCUGUCGGUGAACCCAGUUAUUCAGAUGGACUGAGGUCUCAAAAUUGGUUGAAUGAACUGAAAUGUCGAUCACAUGAUUCCACCUUAUGGCAGUGUCCAUCUUCACCCUGGGCACCGAACGACUGCAAUGAAGAUGAAGUGGCCAAAAUUACCUGCUCAGAGAAGGAGAUUCAUGAAGUUCCUCGGAGUCGUCUGAAAUGUUCUACCUCACCAUCUCCUCACCAGAGACAAUGUUCGAGUCAUGUUCCUCUCAGACUGAGUGGAGGUAAAGGCAGGUGUUCUGGGAGGCUGGAGGUGUAUCAUAACUCUGAGUGGGGUUCAGUCUGUGAUGAUCUGUGGGACAUCAGAGAUGCUCAGGUGGUCUGCAGGCAGCUGGGUUGUGGAGCAGCAUUGAGUGCUGAUGGGAAUGAAGCGUUUGGUGCUGGUGAAGGUGUUGUGUGGCUGAACAGAGUCGAGUGCAGAGGGACUGAGAUUCACCUGUGGGACUGUCCUCACGUCCUGAAUAACCACACUGACUGCUCACACAAAGAACGUGUUGAACUCAUCUGUGCAGAAAUGUCUGCACCCACAACUUCUGCCGCCACAACAACAUCAGCUUCUCCUUCAGUUUCUCAGACUAACAGAAGUCCAGUACUCUCAGCAUCAGUGACUCGAGCACAAACUCCUCCAGCAGCGUCUCUCUUCAUUCCUCCAGCGGUCGUGAUUGUUCUGGGAGUUUUGCUCUUACUGCUCUUAGUUUUGCUUUUACUGCUCUUGGUGUCACUGCUGAUACUGAUUCAGCACAAUAGAUUGAUGAGGAAAGGAACGGAGAUUCACACUUCAUAUACAAAUCUCUUCAAGAGGAAACACUGGACUCAGACUGAAGCAGUUUAUGAAGAGAUUGAGCACAGACACAAACACCUUGCUGAGAGAGGAAGUCUCAUCUCUGAAGAACAGCAUUCUGGGUAUGACGAUGCUGAUAAUCUUCUCUCAGUACAAGAACACAAGACUGAAUAUUAUGAUGAUGUCACCAAUGGCAGUGACCUAAGAGAAGAGAUGGUGAAUAAAGCUGAAUACUAUGUCAUUACUGAUGGACUGAAAACAUACAGUGAGACAGAAGACACUCUUGAGAAGUAUGAUGAUGUCAUCACUACAGGACAGAACUCUAGUCCUCAAAGUGGAGGAGUUCAGGAGGAGUAUGAUGAUGUGAAGAUUGUCAGUGAAGAUGUGAGAAUCCUGUUAG